AUGAAAGAAAAAUCGAAAAACGCAGCCAGGUCAAGGAGGGAAAAGGAGAACGCUGAGUUCUUGGAAUUGGCCAAGAUGCUUCCUCUGCCUGCAGCUAUUACAAACCAGCUGGACAAGGCGUCAAUUAUAAGACUGACCACUUCCUACUUAAAGAUGAGAGCUUUGUUUCCUGACGGACUGGGAGAUGGUUGGGGUACAGUUACCCCGCCAAAUAACCCUCGCGAAGGAGGCAUCAAAGAACUGGGAUCACAUCUCUUACAAACACUAGACGGAUUUGUGUUCGUUGUAGCUCCUGAUGGAAAGAUUAUGUACGUUUCUGAAACCGCCUCAGUUCAUCUCGGGUUAUCGCAGGUGGAGAUGACAGGCAACAGCAUAUACGAGUAUAUUCAUCCAGCUGACCACGACGAAAUGACAGCUAUUUUAACCUUACAUCCUCCGCUGCCUCAGCCCCACGUGUCUCAAGAUUUCGAAGUGGACAGGUCAUUUUUUAUUCGGAUGAAAUGUGUACUGGCCAAGCGCAAUGCUGGUUUGACCUCUGGUGGUUACAAGGUAAUCCAUUGUAGCGGUUACCUAAAAGUCAAACAUUAUUCUAUGGAUGUGGCGCCCUACGACGGUUGUUAUCAGAACAUGGGAUUGGUUGCCGUCGGUCAUUCUCUACCGCCUAGUGCAAUUACCGAAAUCAAGAUGUACAGCAAUAUGUUCAUGUUCAGAGCUAGCCUCGACCUUAAGCUCAUCUUCCUGGAUGCGAGAGUGGCCCACCUUACAGGCUACGAACCACAAGAUUUGAUAGAGAAAACCUUGUAUCACUAUAUACACGGGUCAGACUGUCUCAACAUGCGGUAUUCUCACCAUACUCUUCUCCUGAAAGGUCAAGUGACAACUAAGUAUUAUAGAUUUCUUACAAAAGAUGGUGGCUGGGUGUGGAUGCAGAGCUAUGCUACAAUUGUUCACAAUAGCAGAUCGUCGCGCCCCCAUUGUAUUGUCAGUGUCAACUACGUCCUAAGUGAUCUUGAAGCCAAAGAUCUGCAGCUUCAAUUAGAGCAAAUUUCCCAUAGAAGCGCCACCUGUCAUAGUGAGAACGGGGCACUUUCUGCAAAGCCAACGCAGACAGGAAAACUUCGAAGUACUAGAAACAAGAACCGUCGAUCUCCGUAUCCCCCAGCGGAUACUCAUCUAUAUAGUGGAGACCCAGGGAUGGCUUUUGACCAAACUGGUGUACCCUUGGCGGGCUGUCAUUAUACAGUUAGUAAUUUUCCAGAUGACAGGAACUGCCAAGCAAAUACUAGGCAAACAGUUUAUCAUGAUGCAAACUUUCUGGGCUACAAUCAGCAGCGGUUCUCCUCAGCCGAGGACGCAUUGGCUUUCCAAGAACAGGAAGAGCGCUAUGUCACCCGAACUGACAUGGCUAACUUUCCGGGUUACUCAACGUGUUCCCAGCUAGUUGGUCCAGUUCCAGAAGUAGAAAUAAAACUCCUUCCACAGUCUGUUGUAAACGCUUCUUCCACGCAAGCAACUCUCCCGUGUCCUCCAGGUCCCAUGCCAGAAGUGUUUACGGUGGUGCCACCUAGAGAGCAGUUGGCCUAUCUGAGGAGUGACGUCGUCCAAAAUCAUCAGUCUCACUUUAAUAUAUAUCAUCCUGGUUCAUACAGUAAUCACUCAGACUGCACACUUUCGGACCCAGAUAUAGACAGCUUCCACAGCCUUACAGCUCAUCAAAGUCCGUGUCACAGUCGGGCAGAAAGUGUUGUCGGAUCUUCCUCGCCUGCUGGUAAGUCAACAUCUUCAACCCCUAAUCCAGGACCAGGACAACGAGAGGACACCGCUGAACAGGUGAACUCCGACAGUGCCUUAUCUCUAACUCCCUCUGACGGCUCGUUGAAAACCUACAAAUCAGUAAUAAUGUUGUGUUCCCCUUCUAAUGAAUUCUCCACCCAGAACAUUUCCUUUGCUAGUCAACCAGGUGACACCCGUAGUGUGUUUCCGGGUCACUCAAUCAAGUCGUCUUGCGACGAAAGACAGCUCUUCCAGAGCAAUGACAUUCACAUAGAUGCCUAUAGUGGCGCCCCCUAUUUUACUAAUCAGAGAUUCCCAACUCCAGCGUAUACCACUAUGAUGGACCUGGAAAAUGAUAAGUACACAACCCUUGAAACUUGUGAUCGAACUGGUCCGCUAAGCCACGACUAUAGCACUGCAGAUAAAGCUCUAUAUAAAUUAAAUAGUUUUCAACCUACGCUGACUUGUCCCGACAGUGAUUUCCAGAGAAGCUCGACACUUCAACAGGCUGGCUAUACGAGUGUCAUAGUAGACGCUCAACAAUAUCAGUUGGCAAAUGGGUUUGUUCACUGA